UGCCUUUUUUUUUUCUCCUUUGUACAGGUACUGCUAUAGUCAGAGUUUGGUAGAAAACGGAUCUAUUUUUUUUUUUGAACCCUCUUGACAUAGAAAGAAAUGUGGGGUGAUUCUCGAUCUGCUAACAGAACAGGGCCUUUUCGUGGGAGCCAAGAAGACAGGUUUGCUCCCGGGUGGAACAGGGAUUAUCCUCCUCCUCCCCUUAAGAGUCAUGCUCAAGAGAGACACUCUGGCAACUAUCCUGGCAGAGAUUCACUCCCCUUUGAUUUCCAGGGGCAUUCGGGGCCUCCCUUUGCAAAUGUAGAGGAGCAUUCUUUCAGCUAUGGAGCUAGAGAUGGACCACAUGGUGACUACCGAGGAGGGGAGGGGCCUGGACAUGAUUUCAGGGGAGGAGAUUUUUCAUCUUCAGAUUUCCAGAGCAGAGAGUCAUCACAGUUGGACUUCAGGGGUAGGGACAUACAUUCUGGGGAUUUUCGGGAUAGAGAAGGACCAGGUAUGGACUACAGGGGUGGAGAUGGUACCCCUGUGGAUUACAGGGGUAGGGAGACACCGCACAUGAACUACAGAGACAGGGAUGCUCACCCUGUUGACUUCGGAGGCAGGGACGCUCCGUCCGACUUCAGGGGCCGGGGCAGUUAUGAUUUAGAUUUUAGAGGUCGGGAUGGGCCCCAUACAGAUUUUAGGGGAAGGGACUUACCAGAUUUGGAUUUUAGGGGCAGAGAUCAGUCCCGUUCUGACUUUAGGAAUAGAGAUGUGUCUGAUUUGGACUUCAGGGAUGAAGAUGGAACACAGGUGGACUUUAGAGGCCGAGGUUCAAGUUUAGACUUUAGGGACAGGGAUGCACCACAUUCAGAUUUCAGAGGUAGGCACCGGUCCAGGACUGAUCAGGAUUUUAGGAGCAGAGAGAUGGGACCUUGUGUAGAGUUUAAAGAUAGGGAGAUGCCCCCUGUGGAUCCAAAUAUUGUGGAUUACAUUCAGCCCUCUACACAAGAUAGAGAACAUUCUGGUGUAAGUGCAAACAAGAGAGAAGAAUCCAAACAUGAUCAUACCAUGGAAAGGCCUGCUUUUGGUGUUCAGAAGGGAGAUUUUGAGCAUUCAGAAACAAGAGAAGGAGAAGCACAAGGCGUAGCCUUUGAACAUGAGUCUCCAUCAGACUUUCAGAACAGCCAAAGUCCAAUCCAAGACCAAGACAAGUCACAGCUUUCUGGAGGUGAACAACAGGAUGCAGAUGCUGGUCUGUUUAAAGAAGAAGGUGGUCUGGACUUUCUUGGCCGGCAGGACACUGAUUACAGAAGCAUGGAAUACCGUGACGUGGACCACAGGCUACCAGGGAGCCAGAUGUUUGGCUAUGGGCAGAGCAAAUCAUUUUCAGAGGGCAAAACUGGCCGAGAUGCCCAACGGGAACUUCAGGAUCAAGAUUAUAGGACAGGCCCAAGUGAGGAGAAGCCCAGCAGACUUAUUCGAUUAAGUGGGGUGCCUGAAAAUGCCACAAAAGAAGAGAUCCUUAAUGCUUUUCGGACUCCCGACGGCGUGCCCGUGAAGGACCUGCAGCUGAAGGAGUGUAAUGCAGGUUACGACUAUGGCUAUGUCUGCGUGGAGUUUUCACUCUUGGAAGAUGCCAUCGGAUGCAUGGAGGCCAACCAGGGAACUCUCAUGAUCCAUGACAAAGAGGUCUCCCUUGAGUAUGUACCAAGCCCGGAUUGUUGGUACUGCAAACGGUGUAAAGCCAGCACUGGCGGGCACCGAUCUUCCUGCUCCUUCUGCAAGUGCCCAAGGGAAGAGGCCAAGCAAGAAUUGGUAAGCUACCCUCAGCCACAAAAAUCAUCCAUACUAGCAUCGUCAGAAAAACAGCCCAGCCAGCCCCAGAGGCCCACCGAUAAGGAACCUGAGCCCAGGAAACGGGAAGAAGGACAAGAACCACGCCUAGGACAUCAAAAGAGAGAAGCAGAAAGGUAUCAGCCUUCUUCUCGAAGAGAAGGGCCCAGUUUCCGAAGAGACCGAGAAAAGGAGCCCUGGUCUGCAGACACACGCCAGGAUGGGGAGAGCAAAACAAUCAUGCUCAAACGCAUCUAUCGUUCCACUCCACCCGAGGUGAUAGUGGAAGUGCUGGAGCCAUAUGUCCGCCUUACUACUGCCAACGUUCGAAUCAUCAAGAACAGAACCGGCCCCAUGGGCCACACCUACGGCUUUAUUGACCUCGACUCCCAUGCGGAAGCACUCCGCGUCGUGAAGAUCUUGCAGAACCUCGAUCCACCCUUUAGCAUCGAUGGGAAGAUGGUAGCUGUUAACCUGGCCACUGGAAAGCGAAGACAUGAUUCCGGGGACCAUUCUGACCACGUGAAUUACUAUCAGGGUAAAAAGUAUUUCCGAGAUAGGCGAGGAGGUGGAAGAAAUUCAGACUGGUCUUCAGAUACAAAUCGACAAGGACAACAGUCAUCAUCUGACUGCUAUAUAUAUGAUUCCGCUACUGGCUACUAUUACGAUCCCCUGGCAGGAACCUAUUAUGACCCCAAUACCCAGCAAGAAGUCUUCGUGCCUCAGGAUAUGGGGUCACCUGAGGAAGAAGAGAUCAAGGAAAAGAAACCUACCAGUCAAGGAAAGUCAAGUAGCAAGAAGGAAACAUCUAAAAGAGAUGGGAAGGAGAAAAGAGACCGAGGAGUGACAAGGUUUCAGGAAAAUGCCAGCGAGGAGAAGGCUCCCCCAGAGGACGUGUUUAAGAAGCCCUUGCCUCCCACUGUGAAGAAGGAAGAGAGUCCCCCACCACCUAAGGUGGUUAACCCACUGAUUGGCCUCCUGGGUGAGUACGGAGGAGACAGUGACUAUGAGGAGGAGGAGGAGGAGGAACAGACCCCUCCCCCACAGCCCCGCACAGCACAGCCCCAGCAGCAGGAGGAGCUGGCCAAGAAGGAGAAUGAAGAAGACAAACUCACUGACUGGAAUAAACUGGCUUGUCUGCUCUGCAGAAGACAGUUUCCCAACAAAGAAGUUCUGCUCAAACACCAGCAGCUGUCAGACCUGCACAAGGGAAAGUUUAAAGAAAAAGGAAACGAUCGCAGGGAAAAGCUCCAAUCUCCUGACUCUCCAGAAAGGAAACGGAUUAAAUACUCCAGGGAAACUGACAGCGAUCGUAAGCCUGUUGAUGAAGAUACUGAUACUAGCAGCAAAGGAGGCUGUGUGCAGCAGGCCCCUGGCUGGAGGAAAGGGGCAGGCCUGGGAUAUGGACAUCCUGGACUGGCUUCAUCAGAGGAGACCGAAGGUCGGAUGAGGAGCCCCAACACCGGGGCCCCAGGAAGAACCAGCAAGAGACAGUCCAACGAAACCUACCGAGACGCUGUGCGAAGAGUCAUGUUUGCUCGGUAUAAAGAACUCGAUUAAGAGUGGAGACAAGUCCCACAGGACAUGAUCUCCUUGUUUUGUCUCUGUCUCUCCUCUUGUUUUGUUACUGUUCUUGCUGCUAGAACUUUUUUAAAUAAACUUUUUUUCAAUGUGA